AUGGGCCUGCUGCUCCUGGCACAACAUACAGCAGCUCACACAACCGCCCAAGGUCUGACUAUUGCCAUCGACAAUGUUUCGUACCACAUCGCCCUAAGCUCGGUUGGCAAGUUGCCGGGUUGUCACCACACACGGCCUGGCAAUGACGACACUCUUCCCUUUGGCUUGAUUCCCAUAACUAUCCUCGAUGUUGAGCAGUCUGAGUGCAACGCCCAGGGCUUGAAGCAGCUGAUCGCGUCAUACAUUGACGAGGACGAUGUCUUCAACGAGGGAUUUCUUCAAGGUGUCUACCUGAGAGGUGAGGUCAUCAACACCACCGCGCUUGACGUGGGAAACGACUCGAACAUCGGCUAUAUUCGAUCCGUUCCGGCUGCACUUUUCAGUGCGCCUGCCGGCCCAUAUUUGCUCUCACAAUCAACGGGCGAGGUCUAUGUGCCUUACCGGCUGUACUCCGACACUAUGGGUUCUUUCCACCAAGGCGUGAUCACAUCAAGAGAUGGCAAGGGCUUCGUGCCACUCGGAUCCGCAAUCGCCGGCUCAUCUGCCGUCACUAUCGGAGUUCCAUCGCGGCUGUACUACAAGCCCACCACGGAAAGGCCGCUAGCUGGGGUUCGUGUCGGUGUCAAAGACAUCUACGACCUGACCGGCAUCAAAACUGGAGCUGGCAGCCGGGCGUACUAUGACAUUUACCCGGAGGCUGACACGAACGCUGUGCCCGUCCAGCGCCUGAUCGAUGCCGGCGCUAUUAUUGUCGGUAAGAUGAAGACCACGCAGUUCGCUGGGCCCGAGAACGUCCGGGAUGCUCUUGACUACCAGGCCCCGUUUAACCCUCGUGGUGACGGGUAUCAGGAGGUUGGCUCGUCUUCCUCCGGACCGGGCAGUGGCAUGGCUUCGUACGACUGGCUUGAUCUCGCUCUUGGCUCCGAUACGGGCGGUUCCGUCCGCGUUCCGGCUGAGGACAACGGCCUGUUUGGUAACCGUCCGAGUCAUGAUAUGGUGCCGCUGAAUAACACUGUGCCGCUCGCUCCCCAGUACGACACGGCUGGCUUCCUUGCACGGGAUCCCAAGUUGUGGCACACAGCCUGCAAGGCCCUUUACUCUGGCCUGGCAACAAGCUACACCCGGCUCCCAAGUAAGGUCAUUGCAUACGAGCUUCCCUCGGCUGGAACUACCGACUUGACCGAAGCCCAGAAACUGGUCCUCGAGUUUGUCGGCAAGAUUGCCAAGCACUUAUCCGCAUCGACAUCGACUUUCAACCUUUCGGCAGCUUGGGCCCAGACCCGCCCCGCAGGGACGCCCGAGAACUACAACGACAUGCUGAACACGACCUGGGCAAUCCUCGCCGCGCAGGAGCAGAUACGCCUUGUCCGUGACCCGUUCUUCAAGGACUAUGCCGCCAAGUACAAUGGCCGGGAACCAUUCGUGAACCCCUCGACGAACGGGUCAUGGCACUGGGGUUCUGGGUUCCCAAAUCUCAUCGACGAAGCUGUCGCGAACAAGACCCUCUUCAUGAACUGGUGGAACACGGUUGCCCUGCCGCCCAACAAGGAAACCUGCUCGGAGAGCAUCUUCAUCUACACGUUCAGCAAUUACCAACCUGCGUACCGUAGCACGUACACGGGCAGUGUCAUCAGCACACCCGAAGGCAUCCCGGGUGUCCUGCUCGGCCUGAAUACAGGCUUCAUCUCUCCCAUGGCGGGAAACCCUGACUUCGUGGUGCCUGUCGGCCAGGUCAAGUAUCAGAGUGUCAUUACGCAACACGAGGAGGUGCUGCCAGUGUCUGUGCGCAUCAUGGCUGCGAGGGGAUGUGAUUUGAUGUUGUUGGACCUGAUCAACGAGCUUGUCGAAGCAGGCAUUGUCCCACAAGUCAAGACCGGUGACAGCCUGGACGGAGGGCCGAUCUACAUCUAG